GUGCAGGGCUUCUUCAAGAAGGGUGGGAAGAUCGUGAGUGGGUUUCGCAAAUCAGUCAAAAAAGGGUUCAACAAGAUGAAAUUGAACUCCAUGAUUAAUCAUUCAAGAAACGGAUCCAGACCCAGCAGCUGAGAAUUGAUCAAAUAUAUGCAGAUUUUCUUCUUUUUUUUUUCUUUUCCCGUUUCUUGAAAGCGUCUUCAUGCAUGUCUUGCUGUCUUAUUUUCUGAUUACUGCUCUCUUCCGAGUUCCGAUACAAUUCGGUGCGCGUGCGACAGAUGCUGUGAACUCCGGCCGACUGCAAAUCGUGAUUUCAGGCUUCUUCGUUCCUAUCUGGUGUGCUCUCUCCCGCCUGAAUCGAAGCUUUUUUAUGGAGUUAUUGCAGGGUAUGGUCGAUUCAUGGUCGCUUGCGUUGCUCUUUGAGAUGCGUGGAGGUCUUGGCGCCGUGAAACGAAUAGCCACUAUGUCUACGGUUAUACCGACUAUACCUUGCACGCCUCGAUGCUGCAAGUUUAGAGGUAUCUGAAAAGCUUCGGUCUAGGGUUCGUUUUUCUAAAUAAUUCGUCUUGUUUCUAUCUGCACUUUCCUUGUUAUAAGUUGGAACGCUAAGAAUUGGAGUUUUUUUUGACUGCUUCAUGAGUUUCAUCAUCUAGAAUAGUUGAAAAUUUUACAAUUCUGAGCGACAUAAGGAGAUUCAGAGGGGAAGAGGAUUAAUUUGUUGGAAAUGAUUUGCUUUCUAGUUGAUUUGCUUUCCAGAAGUUGAAAACUGCUAGUGUGUCUGGUUAAUGAAAUUUGUGUGUUUGAGCUUGAUGUGUCAUAAACAAUUUCAUGAGUUCAUGAUAUCUCAAUUUGGACUUCGGAUUGUGAUUUCUUCUGCUGAGGGUUGGGAUAAGAAAUACAUUAGCAUCUAAAUGUUUGAUGGCGGGAGGUAAGGAUCUAGGUCUUCCUAAGAGGAGUGGUUGUAGCUUGAAAGAUCAAUUAGCGAAGAAGACCUUGCAUAAUGUGAGGAAACAGGGGCACACAUAUGUUGAACUCAGGGAAGAUGGGAAGAGAUUUGUGUUUUUCUGUACCCUGUGUCUUUCGCCAUGUUAUAGUGAUUCAAUUUUAUUUGAUCACUUGAAUGGUAAUCUCCACACUGAAAGGCUAGCUGCUGCUAAAGUUACGUUGUUAAAACCCAACCCAUGGCCUUUCAAUGAUGGUGUUCUUUUCUUUACUGUUCCAGAGCAAGAUAAACCUUCUCCCGACUCAAAUAGUGAUCAAACUAAGGUUAUAAGUAUAGAUUGGGACGAUGAUGAUGAUACUCUUGCUAUUGUCAAACAUGAUAAAACCUUACUGCCUGAUAUCAGUGAGGAUGCUGGAGAUGCUGAUUCUAUGAAAAGUACCCCUUUUAGAACUGAAGGUAAACAUCAGAUUGUUAUUCCAAGCGUGCUGUGUAGAGAUAAGAUAUCCGAAGUGGUCGUGACACAUAUUGGUAUUGGAAAAAUCGCUGCAAGGGUCAGUGAGAAGGAUGGGGUUUCAAAUGGAGUGCAUAGAAUAUGGUGCGAGUGGCUUGGGAAUAAGGACUCAUGUGAUGAGGAGGAAAUCAUGGUUCCAGUUCAUGAAUUUGCUCUUGUCAUUUUUCCCUACAAUAACAGUUUGGGCAGGCAGAGCUUACUUGAGGAGCUGAGGUGUUUGCUUCCUCCUAGGUAUCUUUUUGAGUCUGACAAAAUUCACAAUGCUAAAAGCAUAAAGUGGAAAUCAUUUUCGGACCCUGAGGAUGUCAGCGUCUCCUUAAGCAAUCCGUGUGAUUCUUCAGGUGAGGAAUCUGAAUCUUCAGGUUCAAGGAUAGUGCUACAUGACUCAGAUGAUCAUUUACUGCAUUCCAGAGCAGUUUCCAGUAAGACCUUAAUGAGGCAAUUGAGAAAAAAACAUGAAGUAUCAUCUGUGAGAGUGUGUGGUAUCUGCCAACAAAAACUGCUUCCUGGUAAAGAUGUUGGCACACUAAUGAACAUGAACACUGGGAGACUUGUUUGCAGCAGUAGGAAUAUGACUGGAGCAUUUCAUGUAUACCAUACUUCUUGCCUCAUCCACUGGGUACUUCUUUGCGAAUUGGAAAUGCAUAGGAACCAAUCUGAUGGACCUAAAGUGAAACAAAGAUCUAGGAAAAAAGCUAAGCACAAUCAUAAUGAAGAAAUAAAGAAUGGUGGUAUCCGAAUACAUAUUCCUUCAAUCUUCUGUCCAGAAUGUCAGGGUACAGGCACGAUGAUUGCCGAAGACAACUUGGAGAAACCAACUAUUUCUUUGUCUCAGAUGUAUAGAUUCAAAAUCAAACUUACUGGCGCCCGCGAGGAGUGGAUAAGAAGUCCUGAGACACUGAGCAACUGCUCAACAGGCUUUGCUUUCCCUCCCUUGUCUGAUGAUUUGUGUGAGGAACAUGUAACAGCAUUGAAGUUGCUCCACUUUUAUCGGGCGGAUGGUUAAAGCGGAUGCCGAGCUGUUUGGGAUGUAUAGAGUGUUGAUGUGCGUGGGACUCCCUAGUAGUGAUAUUGCCUGUAAGUAGCUGUAUAUACCAACUUACCAAGUGCUUCAGAGUGGCAUUUCUUCCUUAAGAAAAAAACAUUGACAAGAAGCUUAUGUACAUUUGGUGUUUCUGGUCGGACGAAAAUACAAUUAGUAUAGCUGGUUUGUACCUUGUGCUGGACAUUUUUUUGGUGUCACUUUUAUGAUGGAUAUUUGCAUCAUUGGACUUGACAUCUCAUAGUUCCACUAUCAGAUAAUAGCAUGUGUGCGUGUGCGUGUGUGGGGGGGGAUGGCAUCUCUAAUAAAUGUGAUGGUGAUAU